AGAUGACAACAAAAGUAAUAACAGUGUUUGUCCUUUGAGUUGAAAAUCUCAAUUUAUUGGCGCAUCCAUUAAUUCGAUAUUUUAAAAUGUUGUAAAAUUAUAUACAAGUGAAAUUAAGCUUUGUGCUCUAUUUAUUAAAACUAUCGUUUUGAUUGUAUAAAACGGAACGUACAUAAAUCAACAUCAUCUCUUGUUCACAAAAGAUCACAAGCAACAAGCUUGGUCCAUCAAAUUUUUGUAUUUUUGGUGAAAACCGUUGAAUAUUUUGCGAUGCCAAAGUUAGAAAAAUUUCAUAAAAUAUACAAUCUGUCAUCAUUGUUUGACACGUAUACGUGUGAUUUAUGCGGUAAUCAUUUUCCCGCCUUAAACGAUUGCCAAGAGCAUAUGAAGAUGUGUCAAAAUGACGAUAGUAGCAUUACAUACGAUGAUGAUAUUAUAUUUUGUGACAAUCCAAUUCCAGAGCAAAGUCCUGCACAAAGUGACUUUUUGGAGAGUUUUGGAUUGACGCAGAGUGGAAUGAACAAAGCCAAAAAUAGCGAACAAGCAAUAUCUAGUGAUAACCAUAGUUCAACAAAUUUGUUGAAAAAAAAUAAAAGAUCGGGACGAUCACUUGGCAUAUCUGCAUUAUUAAGAAGCCAAAUACCAAUCACAUCACCAGGUGGACAACGACUUAUUGCUCCAACCAAAGCACUAGUCAACGAUGAAUACACUCGUGAACGUAUCGAACGAUAUGAACGAUAUUGUAUUGCUCCGCCACUCAGUCACUAUCGACCCACCUUUCUGGAUAAGAAUGCCGUGACGUUCGAUAAUUGUAGUUUUCGAAAUAAUAAUAGUACAAAUAAUUUCCAUUGGUAUAAAUUUCCACGGCGGCAAUUUUCAACGAAAACAUAUGACGAAGCUUUCGCUCAAUAUAAGCGCAUUCAAUCACAGCAGAAUAUCGUUGAACCACGAAAAAAAUUCGUUAAUUACCCAACUAGACAAUAUGAGGUCCACAGAAAUCGAUUGAAGAUUCGGUAUACACCAGAAGCCUAUAUUGAUCUAUGUUCAGACGAUGAAGAAACGAAAACAAAAGAUUCGGCUAAAAUAAGCCAUGAACCAUUGGACACAGAUGAUUCAUCAAACAAUACAGAUGCAACAAGCACACCAUCGAUUUGUAGAAAAUUCGAAGACACCAAAUCAACAUCAAAAGUUAACUUAUUUGAACUCGAACAUUGUUCAAUAUCCAACGAUGAUUCCGUGGAGAGUGCCGUUGAUUUAUUACUCACUCAACGGCCACAAAUAACUAUAACACGAAUAAAAUGUGAUCCAUCAACGAAUUUAUUAAACGAACAACCGAAACGAUAUUCAAAACUCUACAAAGAUGCAUUAGAGAUUGUUAAUUUGCAGUGCCGUCAACAAAAUAAAGAGAAUCAUCUUUACGCGAAUAUCGAUGAAGAAUCGAACGAUUCGGAUGUUAUCAUUGCAAAUGAUUCAAACCAGGGCAGCUCGCUUACAUCGGUUACCUCAAACAGUUUGAACACAAUCGAUUUGACAUUUUUUUAAUUCAUAAGAAAUUGUGAUCGAUUAAAUAUAAGCCAUGGCAAUUCAA